CUCUCUCUCCCCCAUAGAGCGCAGCAUGAACGCUCCGCAGCAAAAGGAUGUGUGAGCAGGCAGCGCGCUACUGUAGGGACGGAGUCCACAAACUGCUCAACAAAGAACAAGCCAAACUUCGAGCCCAGGAAAGCCGCGAGCAGCCGAAACCCGUAGCCGGUCAGGACAGCGAGUCCGCGACGGCAGCGCAGUCCGGAAACAGCGGCGCUCAGCCCGGUGGAAUCGACGGGCUCGUCCGCUGGAUCGUCACCAAAAUGAGCGACAACAAGAACAUCUCCAGCCGGGAGUACGCCUCCAGCAAGGAGGAGGUGGCCGUGGCUCAGGAGCAGUUCUUCGCCCCGGAGCCACGGAGAGGAAUCUCCGUGAUUUUGGAUAUAUUCAGAAGAGCUGACAAAGAUGAUGAUGGUAAGCUGUCUCUGGACGAGUUCCAGGCUUUCUUCUCCGAUGGCACGCUGAAUGAGGAAGAGCUGGAGAAGCUGUUUCACACCAUCGACUCUGAUAACACCAGUAAUGUUGACACUAAGGAACUGUGCGACUACUUUGCUAAGCACAUGGGGGACUAUGAGGGAGUUCUGGCCUCAUUGGAAACUCUCAACCUUUCCAUCCUCAAAGCCAUGGACUUCACCAAAAAGGUUUAUGAGCGAGGAACCAACGUGGAGCAGUUUGUGACCCGUUUCCUCCUGAAGGAAUCAGCCAAUCAGAUCCAGUCUCUCCUGAGCUCUGUGGAGAGUGCCGUGGAUGCCAUUGAUGAGCAGCACAGCCAAUCAGGUCAUCUACCUGCCAAGGUGAGCCCACGGGUGCCAGAGAGGCGCAAUGAAAACACCGUCCCUGACUAUCCCCCCAACAACAGAGUCAGUGCCAGGGAGGCUGUCAGGACCAUCAACACUGCUUCAGGUACAGUCGAGGUGAGGAAAGAAGGUCUGGAGGCUCAGAUCAACCGCCUUGCUGAACUAAUUGGACGACUGGAGAAUAAGACGGUCUGGUUGGAUCUGCACCAGAGGCUAACAGACACAGAUGGCACUGCCAGCGCAUCCUUGUUGCUGAUUCGUCAGGAGAUGGUGGUUUCCCAGAAGAAGCUUGGCGAGUUUUGCGAGGCUCUGAAGCAGUACCUGAAGAAUGUGUCCACUCAGAGAGACUGCUUUCAUGUGACUGCGGUGCGUCUGCCGGACGGUUUAUCCUUUGUCGUCUACGAGUUCUGGGAUGGAGAGGAGGAGUGGAAGAGGCACCUCCAGUCGGCCCCCAACAAAGCCUUUCAGCAUGUGAAGGUGGAUACACUGUGCCAGCCGGAGGCCAUGUCCUCUGUAGCCGUGCCAGCCGCCUGGUGCAGUGUGAACAGGGACUGAGCAUGAAGAUAUUCAACUACACGCCAAGACUCCUGGACACCCACUUCCUCUUUAACUCCCCUCCGACCCCAAAAUCUUUUCCCCCAUGCGUUUCACCCGCUCUCACCCCCCUCCAAACCCCUCCUCUUUCAACCCUCACAUUCCUUAACUCUUUUUGUAAGUACAUGUUUACACAGUGCAAAUUAAUGGUGUCAACUGCAGUGAAAAUUGAACAAACAGUGCAUUUUACAAUGUGAGAUUCCUAAAAUGCGUUUGCAUCUCACCAUAGUUGUUUGCUGGCUCAAGAUAUUGGAUUAUGUCAUGUUCACGUUUCAAGUAGCUUUGAGCCACUGUAAAGUGGGGUUUGUCAUGUAGCAAGGACCCUGGCGUUGAGUUUUUCAUGUAGCAGUUACUUAGUUUUUGAGUAGUGCAUUCGGGAAUGCGUUUUGUUUCUCUCCUGUCAGGGUUGGAUUUACCACAGGUAGCUCAUUUAGCUGUUAUUUCAUCGUAGCUGCUCAUCCCACAUUUGCCUCAAUACAAAGUGCUCUAAUGAUUUUGUUUUUUAACUAAGCUACCCUACAAAAUACUUUAGACAUUAUUCUCACAUCGGCCAUUUUGAACUCACAUCAACAUAUUGAAUAAAUGAGGACUAUCGACCGACCUAGUUGCCAGAUUAGCUUGCAAUCUCAGGAAAACAGAAUGCUUGAAUUUAGUUUGAAGGUUAGCUAGCUCCUUAGCUAGCUGUCCCCAAGUCACUGAGUUGGGGUAGUGUCAAGAACUAUACAUAUUAUGGUAAAAAACCAUGAUGGCCUUGCAAGCAGCGAAUGGGCUUUAAGAAAGAAAUAAGUAUAAUGUGUAAUUUUAGAAUUUCUGCACUGAUAAGGACAAGAGCUAGCUAGGGGUAGCAAAAAGCAGAAACCAGAAUCAGUGUUAGCUUCUGACAGCAGGCUGCAAUAGGCCCAGUGUCAUUAGCCUGAAUUUAAGUGAAUUUAAGACAACCACUGUUUUUCAAACUCCUAUUUUUGGAGUGGGAGGGACUCUGAAUACUACAAGGAAGGCAGAUAUGACAUACUGUAUCCGACAUCUUUUAAAACAGAUUUAAUGAAAAAAAGAAACAUUUUACCAUCUAAAAAAAGAAUUGACCCUUCCUAAGCCCCGCCCCCUUUUUCUCCAAUAACAGUUAAGCAGGCCUCAGUCGGAACCUCGUCAACUUUCUCCUUUCCUGUACCUUGAACCCUAGAUAACUAACUAGCUAGCUAAUCUAUCUAGUUACAUCUCAUAAUAAAUGUUAGCAAAACACUGGGUUAACAUUAGCUAACUUAAGACGUGAAUAUAUAUUUUGUUUUUACGUUUGAGCCAUCUUCAAAAUAUGGUUGUCUUUUCCACAUAGACAAGCCUAGCACCUAGCAUAUCUAAGUACAGGAAAGGAGGAAGUUGACCAGUUCUAAAAGGGGCGGGACUUGGGAAGGGUCAGUUUUGUACUAGUAUUAACAAGAGAGGGUGAGCUUUCACUCAAUACCUAACUUUAAGCUACAGUCCUCUGCUCGCUCGUGCUAUCUGAGAACCAGGGUUACGUUGUAACUUUAGGUUUUAACUUACAUUUAUACCAGUCUGUAACUGGCUGCAGCCACCAAGUGUAAUUUUCUUAUCGGCAUAUAGUAUUUUACCUCAAAAUACAAACUUUUAUUCUUUCAGACCCGUGAGCUUUAUCAUGCUUCCUCACAAUAAGUACAUUUCUGCACAGUGGCUGCUGUGGGAGUAAUGUCUAUGACGGUAUAUGAACUUAUUUAGCAUGUGUAAACAGCACCGGUUUUUAAUGAGCAACAGAACCCCAAACCCAAAACACUGAAGACAUUAUGAUCACAUCUUACAUCAGCACCAAAGGCCAGCCAAUAGGAGAGGGCCAGUUUCAGAUAUGAUUAGAUCCGAGUCUUCACAAAUAUUUAGGUAGGUAGACACCAGUCUUUGAUUGACAGACGCGUAGAGGCACAUUCAGAGAGUUAGUGAUUUAGAUCUUCUUCAUGUAGCUUUUAUUUCAUGAAACACUGGUUAUGAGUUCAAUCUCUAAAUAUUGACAUCAGGGUCACGUAAGGCGUGAGAUGAAUAGAUCGUUUUGCUGUCAUGGGAUAAUUCCUGACAUAGAAAAGAAUCUGCUGCUACCUUGAGAUAGAAAAGUAAAAAAGAGAUAGAGGCAGCGCCUCACUGUUCUCCAUGCAGCUAAAGUUUGUUUAAUUUCCGCCUUCUGUUUGUGUAUUCCUUGUCUGAAUUGGCGAUGGGUAGCUUAUAUUAGCUGUGCAGGUCUAGUAGAGAUUGUACAUAUGAAAAUGUUGUUCUAUUAUGAUUAUAUUUGUAUUUAUUGACAUCUUUUAGUGCUAUGGUGCAAAGUUUUUCUCAGUGGAAGUGGCAGUAGCUCUGUAGGCACUGCGGCUUCUCGUAACAGUUUGAAUCAGAAUACCUACCAUUAGAAACUUCAGACAGAAAUCCAUCUGAAUGACAUUGAAUAUGAAGCCUUAAACAUCACCACAUGCUAGAGGAGGUUUUAAAGGUUUUCAAGAGAUGACUUUCUUUUUUGAUAUGGAUUCCCAGUAAGCAGGGAAAUGCCCACUAGUGGUCUUUCAGUGUGGAGCUCUUGGCAUCAGACUACACAACACCAGUAUUGCGACGCAUUACAAUAUUGAUACAAAGAUGGUUUCACUUUCGCAUUAGUGAUCAGUUCAGUUAUCAACACAUCACCGGGAAAAUAACCUUGACUUCACAUCACUUAGUAUACUGUAGCUGAUAGAUCAACCACCUCAGCAUCAAUAUCUAUAACACACAAUGAUCCUAUAUAUUGCCACGGUCAACCCCAAUUAUUGGAUACAAGGGUCCCUUACCCAUAAUUCAACUGGAGGACAUUACAGAAAAAUGUGGACCAUCAGAAUGCAAAUGCUAGAUUGGUCUGAACAGCAAAAUAUAAGACAAGACCAACAUCUGGAAGCUCUGAUGAGAAUAUUAUUGGCCAAUGAGAAAACUGUUAGAGGGUCUGUGUCAGUCUUUGACUCCUGUGCAUAGUUUUCAUUUUGGCCUUUCGUUCUACGAUGCAUACGAGUAGAUUGAAACCUCUACUGUACAUUAUACAGAAUUGUGACCAUGUGUCUACAAACUGCUGAAAAAAAUAAGGUACACAAACUGAAGUCUUGUCUAAUUUUCUGUGUUUGGACUUCCCCAUGGAACUGAUCAGACCCACCUCUGCAUCUGCUCUGAUCUUUCUUGACAAAAACAAAUCUCACCUUGUUUACCCUGUGAGGUCAAAUUACCCAGAUUCAGUCCCCGAGAUACCUCACCUAACCUCACCACCACUAACACCGCUACACACAGCCCACCAAUCAGACCCUAACUCAGAAAGCACAAUGUAAAAAUGCGCAAGUAUUGUAAGUUAAAGAUACAGUAUAUUAGAGGUUGUUGAGUGUGAAGAGAGUAUUUAGAGAUAUAUAGUAUUACUGUUUAUCUGGUGAAAGGUUUGUUGAUGAAUCACUCCUUCUUUAUAGCUCUAUACUUUCAAAAAGGUGCCAUCUUGCCAUCCACCUCAUUGUUGACUAUUUUCCUCUGUGAAUGACAGCCAGUCUGUCAUCUGCCAGUACUGUGGUAGCAGUGGGGAUCCAGCUACACCGAUACCAAUAUCCAUCCUGCACCGUGCCCUUCUUUUAGAGCACUGGGUUGCAUUGCGCAGGGCAGGGCUAUGUGGAAGUGUUGAAUAUUAUUAAAUAUAUUGUAACAGAAUUAUGUAUUACAGUAGGCUUAUAGAACAGGCAUGUAAAGGCGUUGCUGCUUUAUCUGUGAAAUGUCUCUACUAAUCUGAGUGUCUGUGUUAAAGGUGUCCUGUGGAGUUUUUGACCACCAGUAGCGCUACAGGGCGAUGUUCUCACUGUUUUGUUUGUGUGGUGCAGGCGACAGGGUACACAUUCUUGCCGCUGGUUUCCCGCUAUUUUUCUGGUCAGCGGUAAGUGGCGGUACAGCGGACAACAACAUUAGUUAGACCUCAAGGAAACACACAGUGGAACUGUUCUGUCACUUAGCAUUUGCGCUUUAGCUAAAGUUGCAGGGGUUUGAAACGCAGACGCGAGCUAAACUAAAUGGGCAUACCCAUGGUAUAAUGUCAAAUAAGAGCCAAACAAAUAUUUAAAUGACAUGUGGACCAACUGACAUUUUGGACACUUUAACAUUGAUUUGUGCAAAUAUUAAAAAAAUUUUAACGUAAAAAGAACAUUACUUUAGUCACCUCAUGAGAUUAUAUUUUAUCCUAAAUCCUGUGUCCUGUUCCCAGUAGCAGAAAUCAAACAUAUUAUAGUUGGUGCAGAAUGCAGCAGUGAGCUUUCUGACAAACACUAAAUUCAGAAACUGGAUUACACCGGCUCCCUAUAGAGUUCAGCUGAAGAACUCGGUAAACACCUUAUUCUGCCACUCAUUUGACUCCCUCAUUGCUGCUUCUAUAACACCAUCUUCUUCCAAAUGCUCAGAGUACCACAGACCUUCCCUUACAUCUCUCUUAAACCGUGUCUGCGUCUGGGUUAGUUAAUUAAAACAAAACUAAAACUAGUUGUGAGAAAACAUUUGUUGGCUGAAAUAAAAAUAAAAACUAGAUUUUAGAAGAAGAAGAAAAAAAAACAGAUACAAUAUUGCAUAAAAAUAUACAGGGAAUGUCGUUUUAGUCUGUCAGUUUGGUCAAACAAAAACAGCCAAACAAGCACGUUGUCUGGGACUUACAUGUACACAGUAAUAUUUAUGGAAGUAGAAAGUGCAGUGAUGGUUUAACAUCUGCUAAGAAGUUAUAAAAUCUGUGUAAAAUGUUAACUAUUGAAUAGGCUAUACAUUGGCCAUUAAAAUUAAUGCAAAAACCAUGAAUAUCAUGCAUUUAGUAUGAGGUCAUAAGACUGACUUUCUCUCAGCACCCCUAACUCUGACCGAUUUCAGCAUCCCUGCAUAUUAUCAGAAAAGAAAUAAAAAUAAAAACAAAUAGAAGCUACCAGAACUCUAGUCUGCAGUUAAACCUCAGUUAGAAUUUCUACAGUGAUUUUAGUUCCAGACAACUCAGAUUUAACCCAGUCCUAAACCUAAAACUGCAGCUAAGCUAGUGACAGAACAACAGUGAGAAACAAUGAAUGUAAACAUGACUUUGGUUUGUUCCCAAGAAAGCCCCACAGGCUACCUUUCACUUCUUAAAAAAGAAAACUACUCACUACGAACUGUCGAAGCUUGUUUGCGUUCGAGAGGGAGCUGCUGUAUUCCGAAUAGAAACAUAAAGCCAUAUUGCAUGGAUUGAUGUUUACAUGUCAGUGACUCACUAUACUGAUAGCCAUAGUUUUACAGUACUCGAGUGCCCAGCUGAAUGCAACCCACGCGCUCUGAUCGGAGGCUCCUGUCCUGUACAUUGUGCCCAGCUUGGUUGGGUUGUGUAUAUGAGGUAGAUAGUGAGUGAACUGUCAGAAAUGCCAAUACUGUUUCCUAUUGAUACAUUCCUGAAUGUCCCUCAGACUGUGCAACCUGUUCUUUUCUAUCCUCCUACUCCUCAGUGCAACCUGUGCUUCGUCAUACAAUGGAAGAGUUGUGCCGUUGAGGUGCAGUGAAACAUUGAAUGUCUCCUGGCAACAUGACAAGAUUAACAAUGGGUGGACGUAAGGCCUCCUGUAGGCAGCAGCAGUUUCUGUAGCCGUAGGGAAGCUGGUGGACAGGAAGCAGGUCACCAGGUUUACCUCAACAGGUGUUGAUACCAAGCCAAUCAGGAAUUUGCCAAACUGAUCAAGGUCAUAACUCUUCCCUUCUAUGGCUGUGUUCUUUUCUAUCCUUCAACUGAGUGCAUGUCAACUGAAUGUCCAGUAACUUCUUUGCUGUAGUAUUAGGCCAUGCUACUCUUCAAUGGGUUUUGUGCAUUUCUUACCUUCUUUCUUUUCUAGUAUCCCUAUGAAGGAGACAGAGACUAAAAUCUAUUAUAUAAAAUAUAUAUGACUAGAAAAAUGGCAUACAAGAAUGAACAUUCACUUUUAUGGCAAUGUUUAAUGAAAUAUUAAUUCUUAAUGUAUGUUUCAGUAAAACAGCUUUCUCUUCUUAAGUGUAGAGACUUAUUGCAGGGAUGCAAGUAUUAUAUUUGGUCUUUAAAGAAUAUCUUGUUGAAAUUCUAGACGAUGUAGAGUGAUGCAAUUCAAUAAAACGAUAAAACUGAAAA